CCCUGUCCAGCCUGCUGACCCCCACCCCCUGCACUCUGCCCCCACCUGACAUGCCUGCUGCCCUGAGGAGGACGCCUGCAGCCCCCACUGCACCAAGCCUGACCACCCCCUGCCAGACACCUCGCCUGCAUGGAAGGAGCAGCAUGUCCUGCUAGGACCCAGGUAUUUCCACCCCCUCCAGCCGGGCCCAGGGACAGCGCAGAUCCAGGCCAGAGGACAUGGCCGCCCCCGUCCCCUGAGCAUGCAUGCCUCCCCCUGACCCCCGCUCUGAGGGGCUGAAGCCUGGAGCACAACACAACAAACUUUCUGGGGACAGGGGGCUGGAGAAGAGGGGGGGAAAUUAUUGAAAAUAUUUUUUUUUUUUUUUUUUUUUGCAAAAAAACAAAAAUAAAAAAAAAACAACAAAAAAACAAACAGACUUUUUGAAUUUUUUUGUGAAAUGUUUUGAAUUUCUAUAUAUUUUUUUUUUUUUCCUGCUGUCAGUCGUGUGAUUUAUUUCUGCCCACGUGUCGCUGCCGUCUUCUAUUUUUGGUGCAUUCUUUUUUUUUUUUUUUGUCCGCUCAGGUUUUACGGAUACAUUGGGACCUCUUUUUUUUUUUCAGUGGUGGGGGGUUGUCUGUGUAUCUCCCGCCGCCGCGGCCCCCCGGUAUAGAGUCUAUAGGUGGACAGAUGGCUGGAGGAGGACGCUGCUUUUGCGCAGAUGCAUAAUACAUCGCCUUACUUGCGAAUAAUGUUUUAUGCUGAAACUGCUAAAAGCUAAAAAAAAAAAAAAAUUCUUAAAGUGGUAGCGACCUAUUUUAGAUUCCCCCCCCUCAGCUACGAAAAACGACCCUGACCUAUAAACUGCCGAUCACUUUGUGACUUAUUCCAGUAUUUCCAAAGACGCCCCGCCGCCCCGAUUGCCCACUUUCUCUAUCGUGCCUUUUUGGCAUUUAUUAACAGACUUCGACACCUUCAGAAAAAAUAAAUAUUUUAUUUGUCUAGUGUUUAAUAUUGAGAAUUAUUAUAAAUAUAUUUUUAGUUUCAAGCAACUAAAUUGCUUGAAAUUAUAGAUGAAAUUAUUUUUUUUUUUUUUCUGGGAACUUCAGGGAAAUGUAGGAACCGCAUUGAGCUUUGUUGCGUUCCGUAGAAUUAAUGGCUUUUUCUUGGAAUGGGAGUUAAAGCGGCCGUUGUUCAGGCCGAUCCAUUCAUUGCCUGGAAGCGGAGUUGUUGCACAAUCUGAUUUACACGGCGAUAUUCCGUGUACCAAUGUCUAUGCCCCCGGGGCCUGCUGAAGGAGUUGCUAUCUAUUUUUUAUUUGUUUUAGCACAUGACUGACUAAUAAGAUUUAUAGACACAAUUUUCUUUUUUUUUUUUUUUCUUUUUUUCAAAUUAAAUAUUUUUUUUUUCAAUAAUGAAAAUAAAAAAAUAAAAAAUUGUGAGCUAAAGAAGCAAAGAACAGCACUUAUAUUUUUGCUUUUUUUUUUUUUGGUGGGCGGAGCCAGGACUCAAGCUUUUGCAGAUUUUCUGGAAAAUAAUUUUUUUUUGUUUUUUCUGGAGGAUUGUAUUGAAGGACAUAUAAUAAAAUAUACCAAAAAAAAUAGGAGCCAUGGAAAAUGUGAAAAAGUGCGGCUACCUCCGCAAACAGAAGUCCAUGCGCAGGAGGUUCUUUGUCCUGCGGGGCCCUGGGUCUCGGGGCCCGUCCCGUCUGGAGUACUAUGAGAAUGAGAAGAAGUUCCGGUUGGGUGACGGCUCCGGGGGUCCGCGGGGGACCAUCGUCCUAGAGGAGGCAUUUGGCGUGAACAAGAGGUCGGAUGCCAAGAGGAGACACCUCCUGGUGCUGUAUACGCGGGACGGGGGGCUGUGCGUGUCCGCCGACGGGGAGGAGGAGCAGGACGCCUGGUACCAAGCCAUACAAGAGCUCCAAGCCGAGGCUCGUGCCCUUUCCACACCUGGAGAAGAUGGCGCCACCUGGCCGGGUCCGGCCUUCCGAGAGGUCUGGCAGGUGAGCGUCCGCCCGCGAGGCCUAGGCCAGACCCGCAACCUGUCCGGAGUGUACCGCUUGUGUCUGACGGAUCGCACCCUGAGCCUCCUGCGUCUGCGCUGCGACACUCCGUCCGUUACCCUCCAGCUCAUGAACGUCCGCCGCUGUGGCCACUCAGACAACUACUUCUUCGUAGAGGUGGGAAGGUCAGCGGUCACCGGGCCCGGAGAGCUGUGGAUGCAGGUGGAUGACUCUGUUGUUGCACAGAACAUGCACGAGACUAUCCUAGAAGCCAUGAAGUCUCUGAGCGAAGAGUUUCGUCCUCGGACAAAGAGUCAGUCCCUGUCCUCCACCCCCAUCACUGUCCCCUCCCGACGUCACCUUCCCAACCCGCCUCCACCCAGCCAGGUUGGUUUGUCCCGUAGAUCUAGGACAGAGGUCCCCAUUGACAGCUCCCCGGCUCCAAAACUUCGAGAUCAGAGUCCUCAUUCCCCAGAAGAUGAUGAGGACAAGCGUCCACGAGUUGAGGCCAGUCAGCCCUCUGUAGACUAUGGCUCGGCCUCAUCGGACGAGUAUGGCUCCAGCCCUGGAUUUGAGCCAACAACGUUUCUGCCUCCAUCACCACUGACUGAAACCAAUUACAUCUCCAUGGGGCAACUGAGGAAGAGACCCCAAACGUUGGACCUUGUGUCACCGCCAUCAAAUGAGGAAAAUGGAGGCCGACUCGCUAAGUUAGAAAAAGAAGAUAACUAUGCAAUGAUGGGAAAGUGUGAACCGCACCAGGAAGGAGGCUACAUGCCCAUGUUACCUGGCAGCAGAUCCUCCCAAGAUUACAUGCCCAUGACCCCCAACAGCAUCUCACCCCCAGCACCCAUAGAAAUGGCUGGUUACGUCAUGAUGUCACCCCUCGGGAGCUGUUCCCCGGAGAGGACAAGCUGGCCUCCCUCUGGUGAUGUGUCGAUAGGCAGCGCCGACAGUCAGGCAUCAGAUUACAUGAGCAUGUGGCCACUGAGCCGCUCAGCCUCUAACACGCCACCACCAACACAGGAGAAUCUGCUGUCCUCUGGUCACCGGCCCACCAGGAUCCCAGCUUCUUAUCGAUCACUACCCCGCUCCUACAAGUUGGACUCUCUGCCCCAGUCUCAUCACUCUUCCUCAUCAUCGGACAGUCUGGAGGAGGUGACUGGUGGCAAAAGCAGAAGACCACUCAGUAUGUCUGUAGACACGUGGCGGGCCAACACUUUACCUGGACACUACCGCAGAUCGCCCAGUCCUGGGGAGUAUGUCAGCAUCCAUUACAGGUGUAAACCAGAGAAGAUGAUCAGAAAAGAUGACCAGGCAGAGUACAUUUCUAUGAACACUCAAAGCCACCACCAUCAUGUGCCAAAUGGGGACUACACGCACAUGACAUUUGACCCGGAGACCAUAAUCUCUUAUGUCAAAAUGGCGGCCAAACCGGAGAAAAUCCGAAGACCCUCUGCAGAUGAAAUGCCUGCAAAACUGUCAAAACCUGCUGCAGAGAAGACAAUAUGGACACAGCCAACCAUGGAGAAGUCUUCCAAGAAGACCUCCACAGAGAAGAGCUACUGGCCACCUGGCACCAGUGACAAGACUUUUCGGCCAAUCGAUCCCACACACGUGUGUGGUGCCAGUGUCCGGGUCCUGGCAGACUACACCACAGACCGUGCACAGAACAUGACUGUAAGCAGGUCCUGCUCUGAGGACAACGCCCUCAGGGGUCUACUCACCGCAGUGUCCGGGUGUAACCUCUACAAGGGCUCAGAACAGGGGAAGUUCUCAAGGACAGACCCCCCAACCAGGAUUAGACACUGCUCUGACGGGGUGUCCCUUACUUCGGCCAAUGGGGGUCGCCCUCCAGUGGAAGAGUGCGGACUCAACUACAUAGACUUGGACCUGGCAAUAGAUGCCGGAGCUACAGCCCCCUCUGCUGCAUUGGUGGGGAACAAUGUAUUGCCCCCCAUGAAAACUGGAAACGGGACGCCAGGUCCAUGCAUCAACACCUACGCCAGCAUAGACUUCCAGAUGUCCGGUGAACUGAGAAGAGGUAGCAGAGACGAAACAGAAUGUUGAAGAGUGGAGAGAUGAUGAUGCCGGCACUGCCAUCGUCCCCACAAGCCGGCACCGCCAUCAUCCCCACAGGCCACACAACAUCCGUUACUACUUGCACUUUGUCGCCAUCCCGCAUCUCUCAGUGACGCUAAAUAUCAGGACUUCAUAAAACGUGCCUUCUGCCCGGAAACCGGGAUGAUCGAAAGCCUAACUAUGAACUGUCGCCAUGGCAACCGGGUGGCCAAAGAGAAGUCGUCAGUAUGAAGGUCAGAGACGUUCGUAAAAUUAACCCCACAGUUACCGGACCACACCGUACAGCAAAUAAAUGUCACACUGUGCGGGGUUGAAGAACUAAAACGGCUUUCCUUGGUACUUGGCACCCGUCGUGUUAUAAAAUGGCGUCACGCUGCCAGAAUAUAUCAGUAUAAGCUUCACAGACUUCGGUACGAUGUAGCUGUAUACAGGAAACGAGGACUCAACAAAAUGGCUGCUCUCCUCCUCCCUGCGCCAAAAUUAGAUUUACAGUGUUUUUUUGUUUUUUUUUGUUACCAAAAGCCAAAAUCUGACAAAACCUCACAAUGUUUGUGGUACUGCAGUCAGCCGCCGAAGCUCAGACGCACAGGGCGGCGGCCAUUUUGUGUGGGUGGAAGCUGCCUGGUGCUUUACUAUAGGCAGUGAUGACAUUACCGCGAGGUUCGGGGGGGGGGGGGGGGGGAUGGGUGCACCAGACGCACUCUCAAAGUGACUUGACCUAAUGGUGUCUUUUUCGUCCACAAAAUGGCCGCCUGUAGCGCACGCGUGUGGCGGGCGGAUUAGUGUUAGUAGUGUCUGCCUGUAAUCCGUUUACUUUUUGAAUUUUAUGGGAAAAAAAUAAGGAAAAUCUAUGAAUAGAAGUUUAUGGAGAAAAUAUAUAUAUAUAGAUUAUAAGAAGAGUAUUAUACGAUACAGAGAGCGCGAUAUAUAUUGGGGGCGUAAUGCUGCGCCAUUUAUACCUCCUCCCCCCCCCCCC